AUGGCCGCUGUCCAACAGCCCGGCAUGCAGCAACCACAGCAGGGCGCCAACCCAGCAAUGGGCUCUGGUAUCCUGCCUGCUGGCAUGACCAAGGAGCAGGUUCAGCAGAUGUAUAAGGAGUACCAGCAAAUGAAAGCCAAUGGUACACCGGAUACGGAUCCAAAGAUGAUGAGAACCAGGGCCAUCCUUCAACAGAUCCAGGCCAAGACCGAGCAGCUGAAGCGCUUCCAGGCCAUGAAGCAAAUGCAGAUGAAGCAAGCACCACAGCAAGGCGCCGUGCCGCAGAUGAAUGGCGCAUCUCCCGGCAUGCCCACGGAAGCACAGCCGCAGCAGCCAGUCGCUGCCACCGCGAACGGCGUAUCGCAGCCCACUUCGCAACCCAUGCCUCAGUCCUCAUCGCAAGCCGGCUCACAACAGGCUCAAAUGUACGGCGGUCCUGAUCAGGCUUCCUUCUCCAAAGAUCAGAUCAUGACUUUACGAGCUCAGAUGCAGGCCUUCUCACAUCUACAAAAGAACGUACCCAUUCCACAGCAGCUUCAGGAUCGGAUCUUCCCCUCCAGACAAGAGCAGAAAGCAUCCACCAUGGCUGAGGGCGUUGCCGCUGCUAGUAAACUUCUUGAGGAUGCGUCGCAAACACCCGCUCAGACAGCGCCCGACGAGGAUGGCAGACCUCGGCAUCGAUUCGAGACAUUCUCCGAUCCUCAUUCUCUGAUGCUUAAGAGUAUCAGCUAUCAAGAUCACACGCAACGUGCCAAUCGGUCAAUGAUUCCGAGUAUCAUGCCUCUUGGCGUCGAUCCAGAACAUGUGCGAGCCGAGCGUGAGGCCACCAUCUAUAACCGCCUUCUGACACACAAAAACGAGUUGGGAAAGCUCUCCGCAAAUCUCGGUGGUUGGGAUACAAGCAAGUCGGACACUCCAGAAGAAAAUGCGAAUCUGAAGCGGCAGGCCCUCAUCGAGUACAAACUUCAUACACUGGUGGGCAAGCAACGCGAGUUGAGACAGAAGAUUGGCCGAGAAAUGAUGUCCUCAAACAACCUCUCAAUGAGUGCCAACCGCUCGAUGUACCGUCGCGUUAAGAAGCAGUCACUUCGGGAGGCUCGAGUCACCGAGAAGCUGGAGAAACAGCAGCGCGAUGCAGCGGAAAACAAGGAGAAGAAGAAGCACAACGAAUACCUCCGAUCGAUUGUCCAGCAUUCCGAGGAUAUCCGCAACCACGCUCAGCAGCACAAGCAACGCGUACAGAAGCUUGGCCGCAUGAUGAUGAGUCUCCACCAAAACAUCGAGAAGGAGGAGCAGAAGCGGAUCGAGCGCACCGCGAAGCAACGUCUGCAAGCUCUGAAGGCCAACGACGAAGAGACCUACCUGAAGCUGCUUGGCCAAGCCAAGGACUCCCGUAUUUCUCACCUGCUCAAGCAGACAGAUGGCUUCUUGAAGCAGCUCGCCGCGUCUGUCAAAGAGCAGCAGCGAAAGAUGGGUUACCAGUACGACGACGACCCGAUCGACGAAAAUCCAUCCUCCGACGAGGAAAUGGACAGCGAGAACGAAAGCAAGCCGAAGAUCGACUACUACGAAGUGGCUCACCGUAUCAAAGAAGACGUCUUGGUUCAGUCAUCAAAUCUUGUUGGCGGUACCCUCAAGGAAUACCAGCUGAAGGGUCUGCAAUGGAUGAUUUCGCUAUACAACAACAACCUCAAUGGUAUUCUUGCCGACGAGAUGGGUCUCGGCAAGACUAUCCAGACCAUUUCACUGAUUACAUACCUCAUCGAGAAGAAGCGACAGCAUGGUCCGUACUUGGUCAUAGUGCCACUGAGUACGCUGACAAACUGGAACAACGAGUUUGAACGAUGGGCGCCUAGCGUAUCGCGUAUCGUGUACAAGGGACCUCCCAGCCAGCGGAAGAACCACCAGCAGCAGAUCCGAUACGGCAACUUCCAGGUAUUGCUCACGACUUACGAGUUCAUCAUCAAGGACAGACCGGUCCUGAGCAAGGUCAAAUGGGUGCAUAUGAUUGUCGACGAAGGUCACCGCAUGAAGAACGCACAGUCCAAGCUCAGCAGCACGAUUUCGCAAUACUACCACACGAGAUAUCGACUGAUCCUGACCGGAACUCCACUUCAGAACAACCUGACUGAGUUGUGGGCAAUGCUGAAUUUCGUGUUGCCCAGCAUUUUCAAGUCGGCCAAGUCAUUCGACGAAUGGUUCAAUACGCCCUUUGCCAACACCGGUGGUCAGGAUAGGAUGGAGCUCACUGAAGAAGAACAGCUGCUUGUUAUCAAGCGUCUUCACAAGGUGCUUCGUCCGUUCCUAUUGCGUCGUCUGAAAAAGGACGUCGAGAAGGAUCUGCCUGACAAGCAGGAGAAGGUCGUCAAGUGCAACACGUCUGCGCUCCAACAGAAGCUGUACAAGCAACUCAUGACUCACAACCGCAUCAACGUCAUCGGCGCGGAUGGCAAGAAAACUGGAAUGCGCGGUCUCAGUAAUAUGCUUAUGCAGCUGCGCAAGCUCUGCAACCAUCCAUUCGUCUUCGAAGAAGUUGAGGACCAGAUGAAUCCACAGCGUCUCACGAACGACCUCAUUUGGCGUACUGCGGGCAAAUUCGAGCUGCUCGACCGCGUUCUGCCCAAAUUCAAGGCCACAGGACACAGAUGUCUUAUCUUCUUCCAGAUGACUCAAAUCAUGAACAUUAUGGAAGACUUCUUGCGCUUUCGUGGUAUCAACUAUCUCCGUCUGGACGGUAGCACAAAGGCCGACGAUCGGUCCGAAUUGCUCAAGCAAUUCAAUGCACCGGACUCGCCGUACUUCUGUUUCUUGCUAUCGACCCGUGCAGGUGGUCUGGGCCUGAACCUGCAGACUGCAGAUACUGUCAUCAUCUACGACUCCGACUGGAAUCCUCACCAAGAUUUGCAGGCUCAGGAUCGUGCGCAUCGUAUUGGUCAGAAGAAUGAAGUGCGCAUCUUGCGGCUCAUCACGUCCAGCUCUGUGGAGGAGAAGAUCCUCGAGCGUGCGCAAUACAAGCUUGACAUGGACGGCAAAGUCAUUCAGGCUGGUAAAUUCGACAACAAGUCGACUAACGAGGAGCGUGACGAGAUGCUGCGUGUAAUGUUGGAAUCAGCCGAAGCCGUCGAGAACAUGGAGCAGGAUGAGAUGGACGACGACGAUCUCAACAUGAUGAUGAUGCGUAGCGAUGAAGAGCUUGUAAUCUUCCAGCAGAUGGAUCGCGAGCGCCACAAGAACGAUAAGUAUGGGACUGACAAGAAGUAUCCUCGGCUGUUGGGAGAGAGCGAGCUACCGGACCUUUAUCUCAACGACGACAAUCCAGUGGUUGAGGAAAUCGAGUUCAACUACGGACGUGGCGCCAGAGAGCGGACGAAGGUCAAGUAUGACGAUGGCUUGACCGAGGAACAAUGGCUGGACGCCGUUGAUGCUGACGACGACACCAUCGAAGAGGCCGUUGCUCGUAAGCAAGCCCGCAUUGCCAAGCGUGCGACCAAGAAGGAGUCCCGGCUUCGUACCGAUUUUGGCGGUGACACUCCUCCACCCGAUAAGGAGAGCGAAGAAGAGUCGCCGGCACCGAAGAAGCCUAGCCGUGGCAGCCGUAAGUCUUCUGGCAAGACUAAGCGCCCGGCUGACGAGGCGUCGUUGGAUGGUGUUCAAGAGCCUCCUUCGAAGAAGCAGCGGGCACGGAAUACCAAGAUUGUCGAGACUCUGUCGAAGGAGGACCGCGAAUCGCUUCAGCAGAUAUUGGACACAGUGCACGACUCACUUCAAGACCUGGAAGAGGAGUCGAACGACCCCAAGCUUGCGAACCGCGGCAUCAUCGAUCCCUUCCUCGAGCUGCCACCGAAGCAGCUCUACCCUGACUACUACCUCAUGAUCAAGGAACCGAUUUGCAUGAAGCAGAUUGAGACCAAGAUUAACAAGAAACACUACCAGAGUCUGAAGCAGUUUCGCGCAGACAUUGCGCUGCUGUGCAACAACUGCCGGCAGUACAAUGAGGAUGGCAGCGUGUUGUAUCAAGAUGCUAACCUCAUCGAGGUAAGUUAGCAUUCUUGAUCACCAAGAGAAGAAGAACCCGCACUGACUUGGUAUAACAGCGUGCCUGCGACGACAAGCUCAAGGAAGCGACGGCGGAACAUCCGAAAUGGCAGCGAGAUCUUGACGGAGAGAGCUCGGCGGCCGACGAGAACUCGACGCGGCCGGUGUCGAGCACGAGCACGCCGCAACCCAAACCCAGCAUCAAGCUCAAGCUCAACGGGCGAGCGAACGGGACUGCAUCGCGCGGAGGAACCGAAAGCGCCGCGCAGAGUGACGACGAAUAG